AAAAUUAUUGUUACUUUUAUAACAAUGUUAAAGUUAAAAUUCUGUGUCAUUGUUCAUCUGAUGUUAGUUUUUACAUCCAUAAUGAUUUGACAUAAAUGUUUUUAUCUCACAACAGAUCAUGGGGCAGUUGAAGGUUUACCUUGUUUUCUGGGCAUUGCUUCUCAUGACCAUUUCUGGAGAGGAUGAUAUAAGUUCAUCAAAGGAGUGUAAGAAUGUUCCCUUUGUUCCAGGACACAAUCUUGCUGGAGAGGGAUUUGAUAUUGUGACCAUGAAGCGAAAAGGUUCUUACGUGAUCAACUUGGAAAAAUGGGAUUUAGGAAAUGGCACUUGCAAAUUGGCAAAAAAUAAAUACUUAAGAGGAAGAAAACAGAAGCUACCAGCAGCAGUUGUAGACUGGAGGACCUUGCCAAAGUGUUCAAUGAAAGUCUCGAGUCAGAUUUUUGAAUCAAGUGAAGCACUGGUCAAUGAUUCAUCAUCAGCACUCUCAGUCAGCUGGAAAGUUGGUUUAGAUGUGAAGGCUGUUGGAGCUGCAGUUGGAAGCACUCAUUCCAGGGAAGCAAAAUUUGCAAUGACUAAAUCAAAAGAAGACAAAUACAGUUUUACCAAACAUGAAGUUGGGUGCAGUUUUUACAGAUAUCGUGUAGCUGAAAAGCCUCCUCUUCAAGCAGAGUUUCUUGAAUCAAUCAAAUCACUCCCUCAAUCCUACGAUCCAGACGCCUACCGCAACCUGAUCUCAACCUAUGGCACUCACUAUAUCACAGAAGUCGAGUUAGGAGGGCAAAUGAAAGCUAUAACAGCCAUCAAAACCUGUCAGGCAGCAGUGGAUGGACUUACAGACACUGCAGUGAAGGACUGCUUGGAUGUAGAAGCCUCUGGUUCAUACUAUGUAGUAACUGUGAAGACACAGGCACAUUUUUGUCAAGAACUGAAGAAAAAGAUGGGCACAAAAGAGAUGUUCAGCUCCAUGUUCAAAGAACGUCAGAUAGAUAUCAUCGGGGGAAACAUUAAUGGAGAAGAUCUACUUUUUUCUCGUUCAUCACACCCAAAUUCCCUCAAAAACUGGCACACGUCUUUGAAGAGACUCCCUGACAUUGUGCAUUACUCUCUGAAACCCCUUCAUUUCUUACUGAGUAAUAAACACCCUGCCAGGAAAGGACUGAAGAAAGCUGUUGAAAAAUACAUAAUUGAAAAUGCCCUUAUGAAGGUUUGCUCUGAGCCUUGCAAGAUUGGCAGGAAGUGCAGCGCAAGAGACAGAUGUGUUUGUGUUUGUGAAAGUAGUCAAAUGAUAAAGUCUAACUGCUGUCCAGCUGAAAGAGGACUAGCCACUCUGAAAGUCUACAGUCUCAGUGCCAACGAUCUGUAUGGAGAUACAUUUACACAAACAGAUAGUUUUGUAUUAGUUAAAUAUAAUGAACAAAAAAAGAGCACUCAGACCAUUGAUAAUAAUAACAGUCCAUGCUGGCCAGAAACAUUUGAGUUUGGUCCUAUUAAGAUCAGAAUGGCCAAUAAACUAACUUUUACAGUAUAUGAUACAGACACCCCCUGGAACAGAGAUGUCCUUGGUUCAUGCUCUUUUGAUCUUAGAAGUGGAGUUGUGACUGAUGCCUGUGUUUUUAAUCACGGCACCUUUUAUUUUACCUAUGAAGUGAAAUGUGCACCCAGUCUACAGGGCCCUCGGUGUGAUGAACACAUACCUUCUCCAAUGGCUGCCCCUCUGGCUGAUAUUUUCAGCUCAAGAAAUGGUGUUCUGGUUAAAGACCUGCCGAGGCUUGAAUUAGCUCGCAAUAACUCAGAUAACUUAAACUCCAAGAGUACUUAUGGAAAGCUGAUCAUGCUGUGACCUGCAUCACAAAUUCUUUUAUGCAUGAAAAAUUGCCCCAAUGUAGUCUAACAGCACUUUUAUCUGUUAGAAAAAAUAUAUAUCUGUAAGCUUUGCUUAUUUCCUUCCCAUUACUUUUCUGUUUUUGCAUUAAUAAAGCAUUCUUAAAGACA